AUGCGACCCUUUGUGGGCCUCGCAGGCCUGCUGCUCGUUGUCGCUCCUACCGUACUCGCUCAAAUCGAGAACGCACCCGACCUAUCCACUGUCACGCAACCAGGAGGCGACGCAGCGACAAACACAGCCGAGACCUCCGCCGCCGAGACAUCACAAGCAGCGACUUCAGAAGCUGCAACCACAUCGCAAGUCGCCACCUCCGAGACCACCGAGGCCGCAACAACAGGAGAUACGCCCUCUAGUACGGCUGCCCAGACAGGGUCUACGAGUGUGUUCAAUCUUGUAGGUGCGCCAACACUAGCCGGUAUCGGUAUCCCGGAUGUCAAAGUCCCAGACACAGCCGGUGCUGCCUUUAUGCAAAAGUCCGAUCUUCCAGAUGGAACCGUCUUCAUCUGCGUCGGUGCUAUUCUCGCCUUCUUCGGUGCGGCGGUGUUGGCGUGGCGCGGUCUCGUUGCGUGGUCGUUGCAUCGUUCUGUCAAGCGGGCGGCCAUGGCUCAGAACAUGGCUGAUAUCAAGGCCAUGUCAGCAGUGCCUGGUAAGAAGCGGGGAAUGUACAAUGUGGUCGGAGCGAGUUCGACCAUGUCUCUGGAUCACCUAAACGCCGCCCCCAUUGGCAAGUCGUCGAAAGCUUUCGCUGGUGCGCCUGCAGCACAGAAAUCGGCAUCGUCCUUGUUCUUCUCUCCAACUGCAGGUGGCGCCGCCGGUUUGCGGGAUUCUGUAGCGGCCCGAUCUUCUACCUAUCUUCCUGCAGGAUACUACGCAUCUGGUAACGCAGCCCCUGCUGCUGGAUCACCACAGAUGCACAUCGGAGGCCAGAACCCCAAUAAUCUUUCAGCGCUCUCCCUCUCCACCCCAGGAAACCGAUUUAGCGCAAGAUCCGGUAUGUCACCACCGGAAUCGCCAUCACUGCCACCGUCACGCGGGGGAUAUGCUCGCGCGCCACCAUCACGAGACGGCUUAUCUGUAUACAACCGUAACAGCGUUGCAACUCUCGGCCAACCCGGUAAUACGAGAAGCAUCUACGGUCAAGACGGCCACGCCGUAAGCCAGUUGUCGCUGAAUGUACCUGGCGGCACAAAUGUCCCUGGCGGCCGGACUCCCAGUGGUUAUCUAGACGAUCUGUUCGAGAACCACGGCAACGGAUCAAGAGAACGAUUCUAG